AUGGCGGAACCGCAGUACCCUGAACAAGACCACCACGCCCAGCAGCCAGUCUUGAGGCUGCCCCUCUCGACGCGACCACGCACCCUGGAGCGCACGCAUUCAUCGCCCGCUACGACGUCCACAUAUGCAGACGGCCAGGGCCAGGAGCAGGAGCAGAGCCAACAGCAACCAUGGCAGGGCUCGCUGACGGGCGCAGCGCCUCAGACGUCUGCGUUGCAGGGCUUGGGCAUUGAUACCGAAACCCGUUCCAACGGCUUCCUGCAGACCAACAACGACGCUGAGCACCAAGUCAACAUUGCUGUCGUCGGCGCCACCGCUGUGGGCAAGUCGUCCUUCAUCCAGCACUCCCUGGGCCUCAGCUUGCAACCCACCGCUGCCGUCAGCUCCUGUCGCAUCAACCUCGACAGCGCCGCUUUCCAGGUGCGCAUGCUGGAGUGCCAGCUCCAAGACGUGAUCAUCGACAAGGACAACAGGAUCACCUGGCCCACCGACCCGCGCAUGCCCACAGUCGACGCUGCAUGCACUCUGUACGACAUAUCCAACAAAGACUCGUUUGAGGACGUCCCAGUCGUGCUGAAUGCCCUCGAAAAAUCCUCGAUUCCUUCUCUUCUCGUCUCCAACAAAUGCGACCGCACCGACCGCCAGCUCGACCCAAACAACACUGAGCAGCGAGUCAAAGCCAUCCUCCGCUCCCUCCACACUGUCCAAUCCUCCACAUUACAUGUAGACUCGCACACAAGGGGAAUAGCCACUCUGUUGCGAGCUGUUGCUGGCAAAGAUCCUGCUCUGUCUCGCCGACGAACCAUAUCAUCUGCUCUAGCUUUUGGCCAAUCUCCUCGAUCACACCCGUCUCCAAACCACGCUAGAGCAAGCUCCGUACAGUCUAAUACUAUGCGAAAGGAUUCACGGCACGACUCUACAACCAUGGUUACAGGUCCUCCGAAUGCCACGCAUCCCUCUGUCGACGUCAAUACAGCUUUGGACGACGAGCGUGGCUAUUCUUUCGACAAUCUUGUCGACCGCCUAUUAAAGCUGCCGAAGUCAAAGGCCGAUUCGAGGUUCGGUUCUGUCUUCCUUGCUCUAUAUCGAAAGUUUGCUGCUCCCGGUCAGCUACUCGAGGCGAUAGUACACCGCUUCGAAGCCCUAGAAAAGGAGGAUGGUCCAUUCAUGACCAAAACAGCUUCACAAUUGCGCUACCUAUCCGUCAUUGAGCAAUGGAUUCGUACAUAUCCUGGCGACUUCGCACACAUCAAGACCCGGCGUCGGAUGCGUACGUUUGUCGCCAAAUUAUCGAAUACUCGUAUCUUCUCGGCCGCAGCACGAGAGAUGAGUUGCGACCUGGAUGUCGUAACAGAGGACGACGACACGAAUUGGGCAUGUUGUGAUAUGGACCGCGAGAAACGUGGUCUAUUAAGCCCUGACCUCAGCUGGUCGUCUCGAGUAAGCACACUCUUGGACGACCCUGACUUUGAUUUCAGCGACAAUCUUGGGAGUUUGUCUCUUGACGGCGGUCAAAGCAGAAACCAAAUGGGUUCCUUGCACACCGAUUUCGGGAUGCUCCAGAACGUCGAUGCAGCGAGGAGACAGGGCCCAUCACUUGUCCCGACACCAAAAGCCCCGAUCAGUAAAUCGCACUGGCACGUAUUGAUGGAGACGCCGACAGAUUCCAUCGCUUGCGAGCUGACACGCAUCGACUGGAUCAUGUUUAGUGCAGUUCGUCCACGCGAUUUAGUACGACAUGUCUCGUUGUCUCAGGCACAAAAAGCACAAUGCAAGUCAUUGGUGCACGUCAGUCGCAUGAUUGAGCAUUUCAAUCACGUCCGGGACUGGGUGGCCAAUUUGAUCUUGCUUAGGGAAAAGGCCAAGCAUCGAGUCUUGAUGCUGGAGAAACUCAUGCAUGUCGCUCGCAAGCUGCGAGAGAUGAACAACUACAAUUCGCUCGGAGCAUUUCUCGCAGGCAUUAGCAGUGCUGCUGUCCACAGACUUGCCGCUACCCGAGAAUUGCUGUCACCAGAGACCGGCAAAGACUGGAUGAAGCUAGAGAUUUUGAUGUCUCCUACUCGUUCUUACGCGGCUUAUCGUUUAGCUUGGGACAAUUCGAGCGGAGAGAGAAUACCAUUCUUACCCCUCCCAAUCAGAGAUCUUGUUGCUGCCGCAGAAGGCAACAAAACGUAUAUUGGGGACGAGGCCAAUGGCCGAAUCAAUUGGCGCAAGUUUGAAGUCAUGGGAGAGACCAUAGUUGGCAUCCAGAGAGCUCAGGGUCUGCCAUACAGAAACUCGAUGCUUGGCCCUAGGAACCAUGACUUGUUGGCUCUGAUUCUGAACAGCAAUAUGAUCAGAGAUGACGAAGUGAGUGAACUGGAUGCGAGCACAAUCUGUAAGCGGUGA